ACUUGUCUUUGUCAUUUGAAAUAAUUUAGGUCCCAAGAAGCAGAAAACAAUGACCUUUCAACCAUAUUCACCUAUUCCAAUAGCAAUAUUUAUCAUAUUUAAGUAUUUAAUUAAUGAAAGCAAGAAGGAAGCUGGAAUUAAGAGAAGAUGAAGAAGAUGAAUCUGUUACUGAAGAAGUGCAAGACUUUGUCAAGGCAACUAGGAAGAAGCUCAUCUUAUAGUAGUUUAAGGUCAAAGUCUACAAGAGAAGAUUUUUGGAAUGUGGAAUCUCCAGAUAAUAAAGAGGAUUAUGAGACUAUUCUUGUUGGCAACUCAAGAAGGAGAUAUGUGAUAAAAUCCAAAUAUUUGAGCCAUCCACUAUUGAAUGCUCUAAUAGAGAAAUCAAAGCAGAAACAUGGGGAGAAAGAUCAUCUUUCAGUUAAGUGUGAAGUUGUGCUUUUUGAUCAUCUUCUCUGGUUGCUUGAAAAUGCUGACCCCAACAACCUGAAUUCUGAUUCUUUGGAGGAAUUGGCUGAUCUAUAUGUUGUUUAAUUUGAAUAUUUUUCAAUAAUAUUCAAUCUUCCUUUUCAUUCUCUAGUCAAAAAUAUGUUUUAGCUCUAGUAUUUUUUCAUGUAACUAGUAGUAAUAAAUGUUAAGGAGUGACUAUCUCUCAUAAAAAUGAGAAGGAUCAUAGUUUCCUAUUAUAUGUUUAUUUUUUCCUUGCUUACAACUUUCAUCAUUCUUUAUUCAAGUUGCUGAUUUCCGAUGUAAGAAUUAUAGAUCAAUAAAGUUCAUUGUGCUUGGUAAAUUGUGAGUGUGGUAUUGGUUUAAGGAAA